CAACAAGAACAUGCCCUAGCAGUUUGUUGAUGACCGUGAAUUUCCCCUUUGCUCAUGUCAUUGCACAUUACACAUCCACGCAUAUUCUACCACCGACCAGCUCGUGCAUUCAUCCUGUCACCCACUAUCCAACUUCUUACGUCGUAUCGUUGCAUAUUCGCUUCACCCCCACCCUUGACUCCCAAUGGCACCCCACUUCAACGAACACCAGCCAUACUUUCCCAGCAACGAUCCCGAUGCCUUCGACCACGACCAGGACGAUCCCACCAACACGGAUCCCGCCGAGAGGAUGAUACACCGUGCAUUCCGACAGCAAGCUGCAGAACAACGUGCUCGAGAGGAGCGACAACGCCAACGACGUGCUCUCGAUCCCGAUGCAGAGGAGGAUGAGGAGGACUAUGAGGAAGCUGCGAGGCUGGGCGGCGGCCGGACGCCUCUUCAAGGUAUAAGGCGACACUUCACAAGCUUUGGGAAUCGCCGCGCCGACGACGAGAGUCCAUUGCUCAACGGAGUAGGCGAGGAGGAGGCACUCGCGGGUCUGCCACGCCUUGGAGAACUCGACACCGACGGACCUUCGCUGGUCGACGAAGUAGAUGACGAGAUUGCACUACGCAAUCUGCCACCCCUAGGUGAAGGCGUCGGCGACGAAACUCCAAUGGUCAAUGGCAUAGACGGAACGGCAGACGCCAUCGACACCAGUCGCCCGGGUACCCUCGACGCCGUGCCCAGAGCCAUAAACAUCGCCCGUGAAGCUCCUGUACCGAACAACACUCCACUGACAGGCAUUCGGGCCAAUCCUCCAAUUCGAGCUCCAGUCGUCGUCCCUCCUCGUUUCCACGGAAGUCCAGUCGUGCGGGGAACCAACGGCCUCACUGAGAGCGAGUAUGUUCACCAUGAAGCCGUCACGCCUUUUCCCACCGGCCGCUUUCUCACGCCCUCACCGCCGCCGUCCAGAGAAUCUCCCGGCCUCGUGAUGGCGGAUGUGCGAAGAGGGCCUAUCACCAACGGCGUGCCGGCGGAUGGCGCUGAUGACCACGAGUCUCCAGAACCACCCCGCGGGAGGACUGGGUCGAGAGAGGAUCCGAUUAUCUUGCGCGACACCCCCGAGCACAUUCUCGCGCCCGUGCCAAUUUCUCCUCGUGACGCCGGCGCGAGAGGCUAUCCCAUCGUCGCGGAGCCCGAGACGCCAGCAGCCACAACAGCCACUGCGCCCAUUCCCCCCAUCGACCCCGAAGCGCUACUGGCUGGCUGUCCUCCCGAACUUGAUGUCCUCAGCCCAGCCCAAACAGCUAUCACCGGCAUCCAACUUGCUCCCUCUCCCUCUCCCCCUCACCCAGCCAACGUCCUCGACGAUGCAAUCUUCUACAUUCCUCCUCGACGGACUCGUUCUAUAAACGACCAUCUCCGCUCGGGAGUUCCGGACGAGACGUACCGCCGCAGACCAAUCUACUGCCCGCGCCCGUCUGUUGCGCAUAGCGGUACUCCAGCAUUGCCAGCAGGUGAAGCAGAAGCCGAGUCCGUGCGGCAGCAAGCGACGCAACCGCCCGAGACGGUGCAGAGGGAGAUGUCGACUGCGAGGAGGGACACAAUGGGCGACAUUGAUGUGAGGAUGGAAGACGACAAACGGGAUGACGUAGGGGAGGGUUUGGGGGCCGGGGACAGGGAGAUGGAGGCGUGAGGCUGAUGGACAGGGGACGGGAGGGAGGAUGCGAGGCUGACGCUUGUGACACAACGCUCUUUUGAGAUACUGUAGGCUACGCGCGGCAGGGACAAACUUUCUGUAGACGACACUUGGGAUUGAAGUUGGUUUUGUGAGAGACUCUUGGACUGCGUGUAUGCGUGCCGCCUUUGAUGUUGCUUGUAUCUGAUGCGAUGGAUGUCGCAUUGUGCCGUGAUGGCUCCGUGGAAAGUGCAAGUGAGUAG